AACGGCCAUCACUUCAGGAUCGUAACAAUGGAAUACUUCCCGUACGUCAACCACGAGCGCAUCACCGACGGUCCCGGCGCUGUUGUCCGCCUCACUGACUCCCUCAACCUCCGUAUGAUAAUGGCCGUUGCUCCACAUCUAAACUUUACCUACACGAUCCGGGAGCCGGAGGACUGCCUGUGGGGUCUUGAGGCCAGCGGCGGCAACUGGACAGGCAUCGUAGGGACUCUUCAGUAUGAAAAGGCCGACUUCUCCAUGGACCUCACCCUGACGCCCCAGAGAGCAGCGAUAGUGGAGUACGGGAGGGUGUACAUCGGGGAAGAAAUGGCCAUCUUGUCCCUGAAGCCAAGGCCACUACCCGAGUACUUAGCUUUGUUCAGGCCCUUAGAAGGCACUGUCUGGGUCUCCAUGGUGGCCGGCGUCAUGGUGUGGAGCCUAACACUCUGGGCCUUGCUCAGGAUCAUACAAACUGGCGCGGAGAAGCACCCGAUGAAGCUCACGCGGGCACUUUUCUACGGCUGGGGCCUGCUGCUGGAGGACACGCCCUUUGACCCGCCCGACAGCGUCACAGGACAGCUGAUGCUCGGAGUGUGGCUCCUCGUGUGUCUGGUGCUGAGGACCUCGUACACCUCCUCGCUGACCUCCCACCUCGUGGUGCAAGGCGAAUCUGCCGCUAUAAAUGACAUGGAGACGCUGGGCAGACUACACGGGGAAGAGGGACGGCAACGCGGCGCCCCCUACAAGGUCCGCCUCGACGCCGCCGUUCAACGCUUGCUGGACGCCGGGCUGGUCGCCUUCUGGAUGAACGACGUCAUCACGCAACACCUGCGGGAGAUACGCCGAGAAAGCCACGCGGACGCCAGCACGGCCAUGGCGACCUCCACCCCGGAGGGUGACAGUGAGCAGACCGUCCUGAGGCUCGUCCACCUGCAGGCAACCUUCUACAUCCUGUGCCUCGGCUACGCGGCGGCGGCGUGCUCCUUCCUCGUGGAGCAAGUGCCGCUCCGCUAG